AAAGGGAUCAAGUCUCACAGCUCUGCCAUGUGCCCCCGAAGCAAACCCCACACAGGGAGGUGACUCAGAUGCUUGCUGCCCUCAGAGGAGGGCUGCUUUGAAGAACAAGGAGGCCCCUGCCCACUGCUGCCCACGCCGAUUCUAUCAUGACGGCCAUCCGACUACGUGAAUUUGUAGAGCGUCGUCCAGUGGCUCCACCUAGCAUAUUUAUCAGUCACCAAGGAAAGGACAUCAGAGGCGGACUGUGGGUGCUGAAAUCGAACCCAAAGCCCCGAUCCACAAAACAAAUCACUAAUUUGUUUUCAAUUUCAGGUUCGGAUCAUAAAGUGGGCACGGUUUUAUCAAACCCUAGACCACUCAAUUCACUACCGGAAGUCUACUGCUGUGACAAGAGAAGCAGCUUUGCAAGGAGCACUUUUUAAAACUAACACAAGUGUGGUAUUCCAAGACAACAACUGUGGGCAUUUCUUAGUGAGUAAAUUCGUGGUAACAGCACUACCUUUCAGUGUGUAGACACACGGUUCGAAUCCCAAACAAAUUUCGCGUUGAAAAUUCUCCUCAGGGAAGAUGGGUCAGGACGUCAAGGUCCAACCUUGAGAACGUUUGUCAUCUUAGAAGGGGCUAAUGGUGCAGUUCAGUGCUUGCCUGCACCACCACAUGAAAGGGAAAUAAAAAAUGUGUUAAUGUCA